AUGGGAGAUCACCAAACUCAAUCGUUGUGGCAGAUGCGCCUAGGCUCCGCCCUACGCACGGCUUUGGCAUGCAUCAUAGUCGGCUGCACCACCCUCUAUGGACCUCCACAACUUCAAAAGUACUUAACCUACUCGUCCUUUUCGUACAUCACCACAAUCCUAAUAGUCCCGGACGCAACGGUUGGGGACGUCAUGAGAAGCUGUUGGCAUGUGAUCUUUGCCACGGCACAGGUACUGGUGUCUUCUGUGCUGACCCUUUGGUUGGUGGAGCCUAAAAACUUUUCGGUGGGGGUAGCGGCAGCGGCAGUAGCACUGAGCGCUUUUGUGGUGGCGUUGCCGGAGUCCACGCACUUGAUGUCUAAGAGAAUUGCAUUUGGGCAGUUUGUGAAUGUUUAUGUUGGUACUGUGAUUCACGGUGCUCAAACUGGAGUUGUCAUGCACCCACUUGGUGUUGCAUCCAGCACUGCCCUUGGAGCUCUAGCUUCUGUUGUGGCCGUCUUGUUUCCUUAUCCUCGGCUAUCUUACUACGAGGUCUGUAAAUCGUGGCAGCUGUAUGCUGGAAAUGCUUCCCAGAGGUUAACUCGCUUCGUCGAGGCCAUCGUUUCCCGGGACAAGAGCGGAGCACUCGAACUCCUUUCUCAAGGACAAUCUCUCUCUAAAGAAGCAGCUAAGCUUCUUCAUAGCAUCACUAAUAAUCUGGAAACCAUGGUGUGGGAGAGACCACAUAUCAAAUUUCUGAAACCAAAAUAUAUGGACUUGGGUGAAAGGUUGCAAGAAAUGGAGGUUCCACUUAGGGGGCUGGAGAUAGCUUUAUCUAGUUGCUCUUCGCAUCCUGUUAACCUAAUUGAUGAAGAGCUAAGAGGCAAUUUACAAAGUUCAGAAGCACAUGUUAGACUAAGGCUUCUGCAAGCUAAGUACUCUUUGCCUUCUGAUGCAACAUUAGCUCCAGAGUCGGACAGAGAAAUCUUCGACAAGCCCCUUUUGACCAAAAAACCCACCACCAAAAACCGUGAGGACCUUCCGGCUUUCUUCUUCUUGUACUGCAUGGAACUCCUACUAGAAAAUCAGCCCAUUGCCCGAAAUCCCGGAAACACUAGGAAACCUAACCAAGAACCGAUCGAUUCACAAAAUCAACAGCGGUGGAACUUCAAAGGCGUUUGGAGAAACAUACUCCCGAGUCGCAGGAGUUUAAUUUUUGCUCUCAAGUGCUCACUUGCAUUAGGCCUCGCUGUGUUAUUCGGCUUGUUGUAUAACAAGGAAAACGGAUACUGGUCAGGCCUCACCAUUGCCAUCAGCUUUGUAACAGGAAGGCAAGCAACAUUCACUGUUACGAAUGCCCGAGUUCAAGGAACGGCACUGGGAUCGAUCUACGGGAUCUUAUGGUUUUUUAUUUUCCACGGACUUGAGAAAUUCAGGCUCUUACCACUCAUACCUUGGAUCUUUAUCUGCCAUUUUCUUAGGUACAGCAGGAUGUAUGGCCAAGCUGGUGGCAUCUCAGCAGCCAUUGGAGCUCUACUAAUCUUGGGUAGGGACAACUAUGGUGCUCCAAGUGAAUUCGCAAUUGCAAGAAUCAUAGAGGCUUCCAUUGGGUUGCUUUGUUUCCUAACAGUAGAGAUUGCCUUUAUCCAAUGA